AUGGAUGCCACGCAGUUUGCUGCCCUGAUGGACCUCCUGCGCCAGACUCUCACCGCUGCGGUGCAGGGGGCGGCUAGAUCAACAGCCCCAGACCCCCGGUUGCAAAGACCUACUAAAAUGACGGCCGAGGAUCGACCAGAAGCCUACUUGGAGGUGUUUGAGGCCAUGGCGACCUCGGCCGGGUGGGCUCCAGAGCAGUGGGCUAGCUGCCUACUGCCUCAGCUCACGGGUGAGGCGCAAGCAGCGGCGAGGACACUGUCCCCGGAGGCUAUGAUGGAUUACCCAACUCUGAAGGCGGUCAUCCUUAAUCGCGUGGGGGCCACGCCCGAGGGGUAUCGGAAAAAAUUCCGGGGGGAACAGUUUGCGGCAGAGGAGCACCCCCGAACCAUUGCCCACCGCCUGAAAGAUUACGCCCUAGGUUGGCUGAACCCGGACGUAAACACCAAAGCCAGGUUGGUGGAGAUGGUGGUGGUGGAGCGCUUCCUGGAGUGUCUGGCCCCGGGUCCUCGGCUGUGGGUCCAGCGACAGGCACCGCUCAUUUUAUGA